CAAAAGUCAUUAUAUACGUGUGCAGAAAAUUUCCCUUCCUCCUCAGUAAAUAUUUGCUGAAUUCGUGGCCAGACGAACGGGGACAGCAACCAGUUCUCACAGAAGCUCUCCAGAGAAGUGGCCCCAACCCGAUGAGAAUGGGUCGCAUCCAAACCACCUGGGGACAUGUGUGGCCGUCCUGAGCCCCGCCCCUGAGUGGCAGGCGGACCCCCGUCACGUGUUGGCGGCUAGCCAAUCAUCCGGGGGGGGGCGGGGCAGACAGAAAAAAAAAGGGGGGGGGUGAGCCUGGCCCAGAGGACUUUCCUGAUCGAACUCAGAUCAUUUCGGGGGGCCUCAUGUCGCAAAACGGAGCUGAUCCUGAGCAGCGCCCGCAGGCGUCAGAGGCGGACGCCAUGGCAGUGACCUUCCGGGCGAGCGAGCACCAGCAUAUUCGCUACAAUCCGCUCCAGGAUGAGUGGGUGUUAGUGUCGGCCCAUCGCAUGAAGCGACCCUGGCAUGGACAAGUGGAGCCCCAGCUUCUGAAGACAGUGCCCCGCCAUGACCCACGCAACCCUCUGUGUCCCGGGGCCACACGAGCCAAUGGGGAGGUGAAUCCGCACUAUGAAGGCACCUUCCUGUUUGACAACGACUUCCCGGCUCUGCAGCCCGAUGCUCCGGAUCCAGGACCCAGUGACCAUCCUCUUUUCCGAGCAGAGGCCGCCAGAGGAGUUUGUAAGGUCAUGUGCUUCCACCCCUGGUCGGAUGUGACGCUGCCACUCAUGUCAGUCCCUGAGAUCCGAGCUGUCGUCGAUGCCUGGGCCUCAGUCACAGAGGAGCUGGGUGCCCAGUACCCUUGGGUGCAGAUCUUUGAAAACAAAGGAGCCAUGAUGGGCUGUUCUAACCCCCACCCCCACUGCCAGGUUUGGGCCAGCAGUUUCCUGCCCGAUAUUGUCCAGCGUGAAGAACGGUCUCAGCAGAGCUAUCACAGCCAGCAUGGAGAGCCUCUAUUGUUGGAAUAUGGCCGCCAAGAGCUCCUCAGGAAGGAACGUCUGGUCCUAUCCAGCGAGCACUGGCUGGUCCUGGUCCCCUUCUGGGCAGUGUGGCCUUUCCAGACAUUACUGCUGCCCCGGCGGCAUGUGCGGCGGCUACCUGAGCUGACCCCUGCUGAACGUGAUGAUCUGGCCUCCAUCAUGAAGAAGCUCUUGACCAAGUCCUGGCUUAGGAAACUGCAGUCCCUACCAGGCCUUAAACCAUCUGGUGGCCUUAAAACAAGUGUCCAGAGCAGGGGUGCUGGCACUGAGGGUGGAGUAAUUUGGGGAAACUGUCACCGAGGACCAGCUCCCUGGUGGAAAAUACUGGGAACUAUAGUAUGGGCUCCCACGGGAUUAAAGACUGGGGCCACCUGUGACCACUGGCAGCUACACGCUCAUUACUACCCGCCACUCCUGCGCUCCGCUACUGUCCGGAAGUUCAUGGUUGGCUAUGAAAUGCUUGCCCAGGCUCAGCGGGACCUCACUCCUGAACAGGCUGCAGAGAGAUUAAGGGCACUUCCUGAAGUACAUUAUUGCCUGGCGAAGGAAGACAAGGAAGCCGCAGCCAUCGCUUGACCAUGAUGACAGCAGAGCCUUGAGUCUUUUCGCCUGAGAGACCUGGGACCUGGAGUUUGGGCAGAUGUGACAUCAAUAAAACUGCAUCUCAAAUGUUAA